AUGACCCGACAAUUAAUUCGUCUCGAUGAUAAACAUAUCUCCAUCAACCAAAUGCAAAUACCGGUAGAUCGAGUGUUACAAUGUUUUAUUCGUAAUUUACCUGGUCCUCCAUCACCAUUGAUUGAAAAUUACUUGAGGGAAGUUGGUUUUUGGCACGUGGCCAAUAUAGGCCGAGGUUGCAAGUUGGACCUGAAACUCAUCAGCACGUUUGUGGAGAGGUGGAGACCUGAGACGCACACAUUCCAUAUUCCAUGUGGGAAGUGUACCAUCACUUUGGAGGACGUGCAGUUACAGUUAGGGUUAUCAGUGGAUGGGUCUGUACUUACCGGGUCCGCUCAAUCUGUUGAUUGGGGAGCCAUAUGUUAUGAUCUUUUGGGUGCGAUUCCAGAUAAUAUUUAUGGAGGUUGGAUCGAUAUGAGUUGGUUACGAGAGACAUUCCCGGUGCUGGGGGAUGAUUCGAUUGAAGUACAAAUAGUACAAUACGCUUGGGCGUACAUCCUUCAGAUCGUUAGAGGUUAUUUGAUGCCAGACAAGUCACGAAACUUUGUACAUCUGAGGUGGUUGCUGAAACUCAUCGAUUUUAGAGCAGCUGGAGAACUCAGUUGA